GGGCGCCUACAGUCAACUGCCCGGGGCUUGGGCGUUGUCUAGGAUGUUGGCGCCGGCGAGGCAGAGCGGCUCCUGGGGCGUGCCAGCCUCAGAGUUCUGGUGAGACCUCCGCCCUCCUGACGACCUGGAAGACUCAACAGCGGUUUUCUUGUCCAUCUCCGGUGUAUUUAAUACAUUGUUAAAAAGAGGACGACAGUGAAGAGGCCGCCAGCUACUCGGCGGGGGCGAUGAGUGGGAGACUCACAUCGAGGGGGAGCACCAGGCUCUUCAGGGCUCCCUCUGAGGACGCCAGUAGCAGCUCUAUCGGGAGCGCGGUGCUCCCACAGCAGGAAAACCCCGACGCCAGCAGGUUAACUCGACCAUGGAAGACUGUCAUGGGCAUGGUGUUUAUACUGACUUUGCUUCUUCUGGGAUUUAUAAAUCACAUGAAGCUUAAAGAGAAAGAGUUUCCUCAGAAAUCCAGACAAGUUUAUGCUCUAAUUGCAGAAUAUGGUUCACGGCUUUACAAUUACCAGGCCAGGCUUCGAAUGCCAAAAGAGCAACUGGAACUUUUAAAGAAAGAGAGCCAGACUUUGGAAAACAACUUCCGGGAAAUUCUCUUUUUAAUUGAACAAAUAGAUGCUCUGAAGGCAUUGCUUAGAGACACACGCGAUGGUCUGCACAAUCACAGCUGGAAUGCCAACGGAGACUCUGCUGAAGGCUGGAACCACACCGAGAUCAUCGAUGAGGAAAUGUCCAACUUGGUGAAUUACAUACUGAAAAAGCUGAGAGAAGAUCAAGUCCAGAUGGCUGAUUAUGCCCUUAAGUCAGCAGGAGCCUCUGUUGUUGAAGCUGGGACCUCAGAAAGUUACAAAAAUAAUAAAGCAAAACUGUACUGGCAUGGGAUUGUCUUCUUAAAUUAUGAAAUGCCUCCGGACAUCAUUCUCCAGCCAGAUGUCCACCCUGGGAAGUGCUGGGCCUUUCCGGGUUCCCAGGGUCAUGCCCUGAUCAAGCUCGCCAGGAAGAUCGUGCCAACUGCUGUCACCAUGGAGCACAUCUCAGAGAAGGUGUCCCCCUCAGGAAACACCUCCAGCGCACCCAAGGAGUUUUCUGUCUAUGGCAUCUUGAAACAAUGUGAAGGAGAAGAAAUUUUUCUAGGUCAGUUUGUGUAUAACAAAACAGGGACCACCGUUCAAACAUUUGCACUCCAGCAUGAAGUUCCUGAAUUAUUAUUAUGUGUGAAACUUAAAAUUCUCAGCAACUGGGGACACCCAAACUAUACUUGUUUAUAUAGAUUCAGAGUUCAUGGCACCCAAAGAGAUGACAGCUAGAAGAACUGGUGCAGAAGGCCAUGAUCACAAGUCCAAAAUAUUCAAGUACUCCAAUUCCCUUUGAUUAUAUCACAUCCAUAGGAAUAAAAAAUCAGAAGUGGGAGAGAAACCUUAAAGUGGUUCUUACCUGCAGUAAAAAGUGAAUGAAUUUUACUAUUAAAAAUAUGAAAAUAAAUUCAA